AGCAUACUCUACUACGAAGUCCUCCAGUCUGCUGUCUUGUUUCUUUCUUUAUUCUCACAAGAGGAGGCUAAAGAGCGAGAAGAAGAGAGAAGCCAAAACUGCAAGCCGCAAACGCAACCAACCAGAUUCAAUUUUGGUUGAAAACAUCCAAACAUGGCCGAUGCCGGUGCUAAGAAGUCUAACACCAAUGCCAAGAGUGGAGGGAAAAAGAAGGAGGUGAAGAAAGAAACUGGCCUCGGUCUUUCAAAAAAGAAGGAUGAGAAUUUUGGAGAGUGGUAUUCUGAGGUUGUUGUUCAUAGUGAGAUGAUUGAAUACUAUGAUAUCUCCGGUUGUUAUAUUUUAAGGCCAUGGACGAUGUCAAUAUGGGAGACGAUGCAAGCAUUCUUUGAUGCAGAAAUAAAGAGAAUGAAGGUAAAAAAUACCUAUUUCCCUUUGUUUGUCUCCCCAGGUGUUCUGGAAAAAGAGAAGGAUCAUGUAGAGGGUUUUGCUCCAGAGGUUGCUUGGGUCACAAGGUCUGGAAAAUCUGAAUUGGAAGUGCCAAUAGCAAUACGUCCAACAAGUGAGACUGUUAUGUAUCCUUAUUUCUCUAAGUGGAUCAGAGGACACCGUGACUUACCUUUGAAGCUAAAUCAAUGGUGUAAUGUUGUUCGAUGGGAGUUCAGCAAUCCUACACCAUUUAUCAGGAGUCGGGAGUUUCUUUGGCAAGAAGGCCAUACAGCUUUCGCAACACAGGCGGAGGCAGAUGAAGAGGUUCUUGAGAUAUUGGAAUUAUACAGAAGGAUAUAUGAGGAAUAUUUGGCAAUUCCAGUUGUGAAGGGAAAGAAGAGUGAGCUUGAGAAAUUUGCUGGUGGCCUUUACACUACAAGUGUGGAGGCUUUUAUUCCAAAUACUGGCCGCGGUGUACAAGGUGCUACCUCGCAUUGUUUGGGUCAAAAUUUUGCUAAAAUGUUUGGGAUAGAGUUUGAAAAUGAAAAGGGUGGAAAGGCCAUGGUUUGGCAAAACUCUUGGGCAUAUAGCACUCGAACGAUUGGAGUGAUGGUGAUGGUUCAUGGAGAUGACAAAGGCUUGGUAUUGCCACCUAAAGUGGCAGCUACCCAGGUUAUUGUGGUUCCAGUGCCUUACAAGGAUACUAAUACAAAAGAAAUGUUUGAAGCUUGCUUGAGAACUGUGGAUACCUUGACCGAAGCAGGAUUUCGUGUUGAGGCAGAUUUAAGGGACAACUAUGGUCCAGGUUGGAAGUAUUCACAUUGGGAAAUGAAAGGUGUUCCUCUAAGGAUUGAAAUUGGACCAAGGGAUUUGGAAAAAAAACAAGUACGCCUGGCCCGCCGUGACAAUUCGGAUAAACUGGACAUUCCUGUGAGCAAUUUGGUUGAGCAAGUAAAAGAUAUCUUGGAUAGAAUUCAGGAAAAUCUGUUUGAUGUGGCAAAACAAAAGCGAGAUGCUUCUAUCAGGGUUGCAAAGACAUGGGAUGAAUUUAUGGAAGCUCUAAACCAAAAGAAAAUGAUCUUGGCCCCUUGGUGUGACGAAAUGGAAGUAGAGGAGGAUGUGAAAAAACGAACGAAGGGUGAAAUUGGAGCAGCCAAGUCACUCUGCACCCCAUUCGAGCAGCCUGAACUUCCCGAAGGGACACUUUGCUUUGCCUCCGGAAAGCCAGCAAAGAAGUGGACUUACUGGGGCAGGAGUUACUAGACAACAUUUCCAAAUCAUGCUAUUAAUUACCGCCCUUUAUUUUGCUGAUGUUUUUACAUUUCCUAUUUGGCUUAAGAGAGAAAUUUUGAAUUACUCAAAAAUUGUUUGCCAGGGCGUUACUUCUGUAGUUCACAUAUAAUACAAUACUUAUGAUAAAUUUAUAUUGUAGACAUGAUUGUUUAUUAAUAUCUUAAAUGAAUUUGGGUGGUA